AUGCCCCCUUCGUGGAAAAUACACGACUACACCCCCCUUCCCCAGUCACCAGAUCCAUCAUCGCCACCUCGCCGCCCGCAAUCCAUAAAACGGGCCAUCCAUGCCGUCAUUACACCCACCGAACAGCUCAUAUACCACCCAUGUUUCGACGGCUACCAAUGCGCCCGCUUGGAACUCCCCAUGGACUGGAACCGCACCGACGGUCAAGGAGCAAAAAUCGCACUCGCAGUAACGAAACUCCCCGACAAAGUGCCAGUCACCGAUCCAAGAUACGGGGGUCCAGUCUUCUUAAAUCCCGGCGGCCCGGGGAACUCGGAAGUCGCCAUGGUUCUCAACAGAGGGAAAUACAUUCAGACCGCGGUGGACUCUGCACAGGCGCCGAAUGAACCAGAAGAGAGCCGUAAUGCAGGGCCCAAGUACUUUGAUAUCGUCAGCUUCAAUCCCCGGGGAAUCAACAACACCACGCCCGUCUUCUCCUGUUUUCGGGAUACGGCCGCGCGGCAAGCGUGGAAGCUGCAGACGGAGGCGGAAGGUAUUCUCGGCAGCUCUGAGGGCGCCUUUGACACUCACUGGGCGCGCCACGAGGCCCUGGGGCUCACCUGCACUCAGCUGCAAAGUACAGGUGAUGGGAUGGAGGAGGCCGGCGAGCGUGAAACGGAUCGGAUCCUUGCCAAUGCGCGCAAAUGGGGCUCGCGGGUGGACAGCGACGCGGUGGAGGCCAUCCGCCUGCGCAACCGCUGGGUGCCGGGCCAUGAGCAGCUGCAGUACUGGGGAAUCUCGUACGGAACGGCCCUGGGCGCCACGUUUGCCGCGAUGCAGCCCCAUCGCAUCAAGCGGGCCGUGAUUGAUGGCGUGUGCGACGCCGAUGAUUACUACGCGGGCGCCUGGCUCACGAACCUGCAGGACGCGGACGCGGCUUGGCGGUCUUUCUUUGAGCUCUGCUCGGCUGUAGGACCAAUUGUCUGCCCUUUUGCUCGGAAGGGUGAGGACGUAACAGAGGCUAUGGGCCGCUAUGCGAAGCUUCUGGCGACGCUCAAGUCGGACCCUGUCUCAGCCCCGGCGUCGGGGGAGCGGGGCCCGGACGUUACAACCUAUAGCGAUGUCAAAACUCUAGUGUUAAAUGCUGUCUAUACGCCCAUGGAGUCAUUCGAGCAGGUGGCUCGACUUUUGACGGACCUCGAACAGAGGAAUGGUUCUGCGUUUGCGGAUUACAAGUAUCAAGCACAGGGGGGAGGUCCCAAGCCGUGUGUAGUUCCAGGUGAGAAUCGCGACGACGCGCAGACGAGCAUUCUAUGCUCGGACAUGACGGAUAUCGGUAAAACAUCCAAGGAUGGGCUCAGAAGCUACUGGCAUACGUUGCAGAAUCAGAGUGAGACCUUGGGAGAUAGUUGGACUGAAAUUCGCUUCAGCUGUAUUCAAUGGAAGGCAAGGCCAAAAUGGCGGUUUGAGGGUCCAAUUGCCGGCAGCACAUCUUAUCCGGUGUCGUUUGUCGGAAACGCCUACGAUCCUGUCACGCCUCUUCGAAAUGCAAUCACGAUGGCAGAACGGUUUCCCGGGUCGGCUGUACUGCAACAAAAUUCAGUGGGACAUUGUAGUUUGAGCGGCCCGUCCUUGUGCACGGGCAAGGUGACUCGAGAAUACUUCCAAGCUGGCGACCUCCCUAGGCAUGGGAAGGUUUGUGAGGUGGAUGAAAAGCCUUUCCAUGUCCCUGGUCUUCAGCGACGCAGCAGUCUGCCAGCUGCCGAUCUUGCUUUGAUGUCUGCUCUGCGAUCGCUGGCGCACGAUGAGGGCUUUGCCCAGAAAAGUCCAAUGCGUGGGUUCUUUUGA